AUGCAGCAUUGCACCUGGGUCAGAGAUGAGCUGGGGCACUGUCGACGGAAUGUUCACAUCAAGAGACUCAAUUAUCCUAUACACCAGGCUUCAGGCGGAUUACAACUCUCGGUUGAUUUGUCUACUGCUUUUGAUAGAGUACCCAGAUGGGCUUUGAGGAGGGCAUUGCAGUGGGCAGGUGCAGACAAUGACAUUACUCGGACAAUAGAAGAACUACAUGAGCAGUGUCGUUACCCCACUGAGCACGCUGGUUUUCAGGGUGUCCUUUGCAUGAAGCGAGGCGUCAGGCAGGGUUGCACCUUGGCCCCCCUGUUGUUCACCAUUUUUACUUGCUUCCUGGCUGACAUUAUUGGUCAGCGCACGGACCGACAGUGGAUGCUGGAACACCUGACUUUGUACGCGGAUGAUACUCAUGCUUCCUGGGAAAUUCGUCAUGGCAGGGACUUGCGUUUUGUUGAGCACUCCAUUCAGACUAUCUACGCUGUCUUCCAAGAGUUUGGCAUGUGCGUCAAUGCAUCCAAAUCGGUUUUGGUCCUUGGGCUGCAUGGCUCAGUAUGCAAGAACUGGACACAUCAAAGGCUGCAGACCACCAAGCAGGGGAAGUUCAUGCACUUUGGCUCUCCUCUUCUACCGCUUUGCAUACCGGUCUACAGUGAAAUGCGCUACCUGGGUAUAACUGCAUCAUACGGUAGUCUUGAAGUCCAGACCAUGAAGCAUCGCCUACGUAUAGCUGCAGGUUCCAGACAAAGGCACGAAGACGAGCUGGCUCAGAGCAGGACCGAAAAAGAAUUCGUCCUGACCUUCGAGGUCCACGGGGGAGGGAUACUCUCGCUGAUGUGGGGUUUUGCUCAGGCUGCUCAGGAGUGGAAAAAGGCACGGGAGGAGAAGAAAGUCUUCUCAAGCCUGAGGCUGACCCUCUUCCUGGCUUUCCUGCAGGAGUGGCAGCAGCAUCUCGAGAAGAUGGCACAGCCGGAGGCUCAGGAGGGUGCGAUCAAGCUGGGGGUGGCGCAGCGAAAUGCGCAAGAUCAGAGCGCUGUAAUCUUGAAAAGAUAG